CCCAUUUUCCCUCCCCGCCAUACCUUUACUGCUCAGUCAACUCUCAAGUAAAAAGAUACUUAGCUAGUAAUAGCAACAGAAGAAGAAGAGGAAGACGCAGCAGCAGCAGCAGUCAAACAUCCAUGGCUUCUCUUUUCCAUUACAUUUCAAAAUCCCAACGCGUAUGCAUCUCACUAUUUAGACUUCCAACAAGCUUCAUGAGCUCUUUCUCUGCCCCAUUCAAUUCAUACCCUUCCACCUUUACACGCCCAUUCCAAGUGGCAUACAUUGCUUCUCUUGCUGAAACGGCCACCGGAUUUCAUGACAUGGUUUCUGGCACCAAACGCAAAUACUUCAUGUUGGGAGGGAAGGGAGGAGUUGGGAAAACAAGUUGCGCCGCAUCUCUUGCUGUAAAGUUUGCAAACCAUGGCCAUCCGACUAUUGUAGUCAGUACUGACCCAGCUCACUCGUUGAGUGAUUCCUUUGAUCAGGAUUUGACUGGAGGGACUCUCGUUCCAGUUCAAGGAGUGGAUUCUCCAUUAUAUGCACUGGAGAUAAACCCUGAGAAAACAAGAGAAGAAUUCCGUGCAGUGAACCAGGAUCAUGGUUCGGAUGGUGUCAAAGAUUUUAUGAAUAGCAUGGGAAUGGGAACAUUGGCUGAGCAGUUGGGGGACCUAAAAUUUACAGAGCUGUUAGACAUCCUUCCACCUGGUCUANACUGUCUUAAGUGUUAUUUGUCUGAUGACGGUACAGUCAAGAGUUCCGGUACACUUUUCACAUGCUACACAAAUUAA